AAAGAGUGGGCGGGAGACAGAGAAAGGGAGAGAAACACGUAGAGGAAAGAGGGAAAGAGAAGAAAGUGUCCAUUACACCGGGUGGAUUUUUCCAGAGCACCGAUGUUGGAACACUCUUCUGAGCUGGCCCUGGUGCAGAGUUUGUAUGCCAACAGCAUGCGCUGUCCCCCCUCUGCGGCCGGGAUCUCUGUCAGGAAUGAGGACCUGCCUAUGAGCAACGGCAACGGCAGCAAAAUGAACGGGUCGCUGGAGCAUUUGGACCAGCCCGACCCAGACUCCAUCAAGAUGUUUGUGGGCCAGAUCCCGCGGUCCUGGUCAGAAACAGAACUUAAAGAGCUUUUUGAGCCCUUCGGAGCUGUGCACCAGAUCAACAUCCUCCGUGAUCGCACCCAGAACCCCCCUCAGAGCAAAGGAUGCUGUUUUGUAACUUUUUAUACAAGAAAAGCUGCACUGGAGGCCCAGAAUGCACUGCACAACAUAAAGACUUUAAGUGGGAUGCAUCAUCCUAUCCAGAUGAAACCCGCUGACAGUGAGAAAACAAGUGCGGUAGAAGACAGAAAACUCUUCAUCGGAAUGGUUUCAAAGAAAUACGGCGAGAACGAGAUCAGAAUGAUGUUCUCGUCUUUCGGGCAGAUCGAAGAGUGCCGAAUUCUCCGGGGACCAGAUGGUCAGAGCAGAGGCUGUGCGUUUGUCACAUUUGCUACCAGGGCAAUGGCACAGAAUGCAAUCAAAACCAUGCAUCACUCUCAGACUAUGGAGGGCUGUUCCUCACCUUUGGUGGUGAAGUUUGCCGACACACAGAGAGAUAAGGAGCAGCGGCGCCUGCAGCAGCAGCUAGUACAGCAGAUCCAGCAGCUCAACAGCGCCUCCACCUGGGGGAACCUGGCUGGCCUGGGGAGCCUCACACCGCAGUACCUGGCAUUGCUCCAGCAGGCCACGUCCACCAGUAACCAAGGCAGUUUCAACAAUAUGCAGAGGCUAGGAGCAGGUGUGAACCCCCUUCAGCUGCAGAACUUGGCCACAUUAGCUGCUGCUGCGGCUGCAGCCCAGAGUUCUGGCAGCCCGACCUCCACCAGCGCCCUGUCUGCAAACAGUGCAGCCCUGGGAGCCCUGGCCAGUCCAGCUGGUUCUACAGCAGCGUCCAGCGCGGGUGCUGCCAUGAACACCUUGGCAUCUCUGGGCACCCUGCAGGGUCUCGCUGGGACCUCUGUGGGCCUCAACCUCAACGCUCUCACCAACAGCGUCAGUGGUAUGGGGGGCAUGAAUGGAGGCCUGGGAGCCUCCAUGGCCAACGGGUCAGCAGCCAGCUCCAUGGACGCUCUGACCCAGGCCUACUCAGGGAUGCAGCAGUACACAGCCUCCGCCCUGCCCUCCCUCUAUGGCCAGUCUCUCCUGCAGCAGAGCAUGGCAGGCAGCCAGAAGGAGGUAGGGCCAGAGGGCGCCAACCUGUUCAUCUACCACCUGCCCCAGGAGUUCGGGGACCAGGAUCUUCUGCAGAUGUUUAUGCCUUUUGGAAAUGUGGUCUCUGCCAAAGUCUUCAUUGACAAACAGACCAAUCUGAGCAAGUGCUUUGGGUUCGUCAGCUAUGACAAUCCUGUGUCUGCGCAAGCUGCCAUCCAGGCCAUGAAUGGAUUCCAGAUCGGAAUGAAGAGGCUGAAGGUUCAGCUGAAGCGCUCCAAGAACGACAGCAAACCCUACUGAUCCUAGCCCCGGGGCCUUCCCCCCCUCCCCAGCUCUAAUGCUAGCACUGCUAGGGUAAGUUCACCCUCCAGCCAAGGUCACCACAGCAGAGACUCAGUGGGGCAGGGGGAAAGGAGCCCACCACAGGAGGGAGACUCGCUCUAUUCCUAAAAAAAAAAACAUGGUUGCAAUGAUCUUUCCAUAUUUUACUGUAUUUCAUUCCUGCGGUUUUAUCAUGUACUUUGAGUCGGAUUAAAUAUUUUAAUGUAUAUGAUUAUUUAUGACUAUCACUGGAGUCAGUGUUUCGCUGGAGGUAUUUUGUGUCACUGUAAUUAGUGGAGAGCAUCAGGUGUGUUUCCAUGCCAUUUCAUUGCCUUCAGGUCAAGCUAGACAGGUUGACUAAGGAUCAGUAGAAGGGCUGAAGCCAGGCCACGUAGACCCCGAGCCCAGAGCUUCAACCUGCGUUUGGCUUUUCACUUGUAGUCUUGUCUCGUCCGUUUGUCAUUCUUAAUGUGAAAAUCUUUUGCACUCUUCGAUCUUUGCUCCCCCUCCCCUGUCUUUCCUCCUCCUGUCCCCCACUCUUUCUCCGUCAUUAUCUAAGCCAUGUUGAGCUAGGCUACCUCUCUCUUUUCUCUAUUAACAACCUCUUCCAGUCAUUCCAUCCAUCCUCCAAGUCUCCCACCAGGGGGGCUGGCUCUAGAUGGAUCUCUUUGGGUGCCAAGUAUACAGUUUGUGCAUGUUGGAGUCUCUGCCAUAUGUCCUGGUGGUGUCACUUCCUUAAAUCUGUGUUUUUGUGUGUCGGGGGAGAGAGGGGGGGGAAAUGUUUACCGCACUGUCCUUACUGUAUGUGGUGAUUGGCAUUGUUUUUGUUGUUUUUUUGUGCCUCAUGGCUAAACGAUUCUUGUGCUGUGCCCCUAACUUUCUCUCCUCUUUGUCUUCUCUCUCUCUCUCUCUUUCUCUCUCUCUCUCUCUCUCUCUCUCUCUCUCUCUUCCUUUCGUGUUUUUGUUCCUUUUUUAGAACAAAUCUCCAUGCCUGUUUGCUCAUCAUUAGCCUAGCAUGUCUUCAUGAUGUUGAAAGCCAAGCCAAACUCCUGGCCUCAUCAUCCCACCAUUGUCUGUGAUGUCUCUCUAAGCUCGCCUGACCAAUACCUGGCCACCCACUGACCCUUGACCUUAGCUCAACCUGAUUUUUCUGCAUGUAUAUUCAUUUUUGUUUUUUGUUUUUUUGUUCUGUAUAGAAAUGUGACAGGUGGGAGAGAGGUCAAGCAAAUCAAUGUGAAAACUUACCUGCGUUGAAUUCAUUUAAAAGAUCUUUUUUUGUUUUGCGAAUGUUUAUUUUUUUUCUUCUUUUGCGAAUGUUUUAAAAACCUGUGGGAUUUCUUAUUUUUAAUUUAGCUUUGAUUUUUUUUUUUUAUGUUUCUUUCUUUUUACCUCUCUCAGUAAAGUUCACUUGAAAGUUGAAUACAGGGAUUGGCACACAGCUGUGCUAUUUGGUGCCAUUAGCAAUAUGUUGGCUUCUUAAAAAAAAAAAAAAAAAAUGCUACAGACCACUUUCCAACACUUUUGAAAGUCUGACCAGUUAAACCCCUCUCAGUGCUCUGUAAUGAUCUCUACAUUUUGCGGGCAGUGUGAAGAUUUACACCAAGGCUAUUUAAAACUAUAUUUUCUUUUCAUUUACAAAACUAUCCAGUGUAUUUACCUUUUUUUGAACUAUUGAUGGCACAAUAAAAAGGUACAUUUGCUCUGUUUAGAGAAAUGACUACCUACAUGAGUCAACUUUUUUAGAACUGAUUCACAAAUAGACAAUCUGUGGUUUAAAUGCACACUUAGAUUACCUAUAUUUUAUACCAUUGAAUCUAUAGAAGUUUAACUAACAGAACCCAGGCAAAACUUUGGGUUUUUUGUAGAUUAUGUUGUAAUGUCAUCUGUGUCGGGGGGGUCUUCAGUGUACUACAUUUUUAAAGAGGACUAAAAAUCAGUUUGAUCAGUGUGACGGUUUGAGGGUCAUUUCUAAGUAAAUUUAAAAACACUUUAAGUCAAAAAAUUUCCUCUGCGUUAAUUGUAAUUUCAACUUCUGCGGAUAAAAACUUUUUUUCUCUUAAGGGUCACUGUAUGUAGACUUUUUUUUUUUCCUGUGUUAAAGAAAAAUUUAGUGUUCAACUUCCACGGUACGUCAUGUUGACUUUCUGUGAAUUUAUUUUCAUUAAUUAAUUAAUUAAUGGAUGUUUCACUUUGGUUUAGUUUGGAUGCCUCAUAUUGGUGAAAGAUGGUGAUUUACAAUGUCUGUUAAUCAUACAGAUGCCAGACAAUGUCUUUUGUUUUAAUUUGUUGUUAAAGUGCCCAUGUGUCAAACUCAGUGUUUUUGAAUUCACACAUUAUUUUCCUGUAAUAUUACCUAGUUUUCUUUACACACACACACACAUCCACACACACACACACACACACGCACACACAAAACACUUUCUGUGAUUGCAAAUGUGGGAGCCCCUGAAGAAGAGAUCACUUGGACACAACACACGACCCGUGGGUCUCUGCACAUUUUCUACACACACACACACACACUUGCUUUUUUUAUUUUAGUUUUUUAGCUGAUUGUUCUUUUAAGUGACUUCCAGUAUCAUUGUACACGAUGCACAGCACAUUACUAACGACUAAACCCACCACAAGUAGUGUUGGUUUACAAAUACAUUCCAUUUUUUCAGCACAAAGUUUACACUUUUUUUUACUGGGGUGGUAUUUUGUCUGUUGUACUACGACGUCGUGGAGACAACCCUGGUAAAAUAACAACCACUUCACCCCCAAAGAAGGGUUCCCUAAAGCUGCGUACCUGAUGGCGCUGAAGAGUUGUCAACUCAGGGGCUUUUUUUGUGUGUGAAAACGAGACACUCACACAGGAUUACGAUACACAAAAUGCACAAUUAUCACCAUUUGACCUUUUCGGUUUGUUUGGAUUUUUUUUUCUUUUCUCAAAAUACAGAAAUAUUCCAAAAAAAUACAUAUAUAUAUAUAUAAAAGAGGUACCAAAUUUGAAACAGUGCUCGAGGAAAGUGUUGUUUUUGUAAGGAAACGUUAAGCACAAUUGUGGGAGCUAAUCACUUUUGCAGAAUGUUGUGUGUGUGAUUAUAAUCUCCAAAUUUUCAAGGUACCACUGAUUUCACUUUUUAAUAUGGGCAUGUGCUUUUUACAGUGUGUUUUUUCUAUCCAAAUGCAAUACAAUAUUCAAAGUGCCAUAUAUACGUCUAGAAACUGCCUACACAUCCUUAUCAGGCCUUGGUUUAGAGAUUGCUGCAGUUCGCCUUUUUUGUCUAUUUAUGCCAGUGUCAUGAACGCUCUUGUCACCUGCUCAUGUCCCUCCCCCUUUUUCUCCUCCCCCCACUCUGUGUGUUGAGUUAUUGGUAAAUGUGUAUUGUGAUGUACUCAAUUUGAACAGUUGGUUAAAAAAGUUGUAGAUAAACAAUAAACUUCCCUAUACAUUUGAAGGUUAAACCUCUUUCUUAGUAAGUGUGAACACGUGUACUGUAACACUUUGCGAUACAAACGAUUGGUGAGCAGAUGUCGGUGGGGAAAAAACUAAAACUCAAGUACACAGACGACUUGGAUGCCAUGUUAGAUCUUUAAAUGCUAAAACUGUGUGUCAAACACUGAAAUGCAGAUCUGUGGUUGGUUUGCAGUGUAUGGUGAAGUGUUACUGUGAAUGAAUUUUUUAAAAAAAAAGCACAAUGUACAGUCCACAGCGGUCCGAAACAGGAACUUGACUCACUUCAGGGGCUUCCAUCACAAAUCCCGUUCGAGCUCUAACAAUCACUUUCUUUGUUCUGUUGUUUUCAUAUUCUGAAGUGCUAUUUUUUGACAAGUGUGGUAGCUUUGCAUCUCUAUAGAUAUUGUCUUGAUCCAAAAGAAAAGAAGGAAAAAAAAAAAUCUUUUCCUGUGUUAUUUUCUUGUCUGAUAAUCGGUAGGACUUUGUUCAUGUUCCACCAAUAAUUUAAUAGAUGUUUUAUCUUGUCUUGAUGAAAGCCAAAGUGGGUGCAUCUUGAUGUGAUCUGUAUUAUACAUACAGUAGUUUUUUCUUUCUGUUCAGUCAAUAUCAAUUUUUUGAAACUGGGUGGGAUUUGAAAAAGAGAAAAAAAAAGACAUACACAGGCUUUCCAAUUUCUACAACUGGUUGUUCAUAUGUAUUUUGUACCAGUGAAGCUUUUUAUAUUGGAAAUUAAAGAAAAAAAAUCUAUAUUGGAAAAAAAUUGUCUGGCCUCUCAAUGUGGCCUCGCCUUGACCAGGUCUUGAGUUUGGCCUCUUGGUGGUGUCAAGCAAUUUUUUUUUUUUUUUUUUUUUGUCUCUAAAAGAUGCCUGAUUUUGAUUUUACUCGGAUCUCUACGUGUUCCUCACUUCGUUAAUUUCAGUUUCGGGGGGGUUGGGAUCCUCUAAAUCGUGGUAAGUUUCAUGUUAGUAUUUGUGCUGUCCACAUAGUUUAAUGGUCAUCAAGGAUUUCGACAACUUCUGUGGAUAAUUGUCUUAGUUGAAGAGUUAACUAUCUGUUUAGUUUGAGCCUUGCUUUUUACCUGUGUAGAGUUUUCUGUUUUUUCCCAUAGCGGAGUGUGUAGCCGAAAGACUCUGUGUUCUUUUUUGGUCAAUGUUUGUUCAUGUGUGGUGUGUUUCUUUGCCUCUGUCUCCAAAUUAAACCAUUUCCCCUAA